AAAAUCAAAUUAAAUUUAAAAAAAUGAUCUUUAAUUCAAUAAUCUCACUUUCAAGCGCUGGUUCAUCAAUGAAAUCAAACAUGGCUUCAGGUUCAGUAUGCGAAAUCUUUGGUGACAAUGGUGUUUCUGCAUGGGGUAAACAAGAACCAAGCCAUUGGGGCAAAUCAAAACACCAUCACUCUGACCCACACAAAAAACACUGGGGUCAUUAAAUUUACCCUUUAUAUUUUAAAUAAAUAAAAUAAGAAAUUUUUAUGAAUUUAUAAAUUUAAAUAUUUUUUGUUUUAAUUAUUUUAAA